AUUGCCGUGGUGGGAGUGACAACCACCAACUUUCGUUUUACACAGAAAACAUUUUGGUAAUAAUCGUGAAUGCACCAUGCUGAACGAACAGAUUGUAAAAGAUAUUUCAGAACUUAAUGCCAGACUGUUGGACCAUCGCCCAAUAUUACAAGGUCAUAUCAACUAUUUCAUCAAAGAAUUUGAGGAGAAGAGGGGUGAUAGGGAACAAGAGAGGCUAGAAAAAAUGUCAAAGGAAUUAACUACGAUGAAUCAAAUAUUGCUUCCAGAAAGUUUGGAUGCCAUGCAAGUUUACCUCGCAAAUGUGGCAGCCAAAUUGAAAGUAGCCACCGAGGUUUGCCAUAAGAUAGAAGAAAAAGGAAACAGUUUUGAGACUUCAAUUUUAGAGGAAGGCAGACAACGACGGAACAGAGAUUGGGAAGCUUAUUAUGCCAGCCAGCUGGAGAAGUGUGAACAUGUGGAUUCAGAUUUCGAAGAACAAGUGAAAAUAUUACACAGACAUUAUAAUGAAUUGGAAGACAAAUUAACAAACUCUUCGAACCUGGCGGCACAAUAAAAAUGACCUUCUCUAUUAUGAUAUAUGUUAAGAGAUAUGAUAUAUGUUAAGAGAUAUGAUAUAUGUUAAGAGAUACGAUAUAUGUUAAGAGAUGGCUAUGUCAGUGUAUAGUCGCUUUUGAAAUUCCUUUGGACAUCUCGAUACUUCAGGGGUUACAUUCACUUUUGCUCUGUAGGCCCCUGGAAUAUAUCAUGGUGAAAUUGAAAGUGUAAGACUAGCUAUUUCACAGGGGCUUGACAUCUUUCUAUAACCCAGAAUGAAAAAUUAACCCUAGGGUCAGCCCCCGAAACCCACUUGUUUUCACAGGGGCUUGACACGUUUGUAUGAUCCAGAGUGAAAAAUUAACCCUAGGGUCAGCCCCCGAAAUCACUUGUUUUCACAGGGGCUUGACAUGUUUCUAUGAUCCAGAGUGAAAAAUUAACGCUAGGGUCAGCCCCCAAAAUCACUUGUUUUCACAGGGGCUUGACACGUUUCUAUGAUCCACAGUGAAAAAUUUACGCUAGGGAUCAGCCCCCGAAAUCACUUGUUCUUUUCACAAGCGCUUGACACGUUUCUAUGACGCAGAAUGAAAAAUUAACCUAAUAUUGCAUGUUCCUAUGACCUAAAAUGAAAAAUAUGUGAUAAAGGGGACGGACCCUAGAGUUAAUUUUUCAUUCUAGAUCAUAGAAACAUGUCAAGCCUAUGUGAGUUAUUUGAUGGGUCAGUGACUGGCCAGUGAUGCUUAUAUUUUGAAUUAUGUAGAAGAAUUAAAAGCCUGUCAAUUUAACAGUAUGGUGACGUUGAGAUUCAUUUGAUGUAAAUUAAACGAUCAAACUAGUAAUUUGUUUUAUCCACAAGGUGGCGAGGUCAGAGCUUCAAUUUUGCCAUGACAUAUUCCGGGGAUGCAGAAAGUCAAAGUGAAUUCAUGUUAAACGUCAUAUGUGAAAGGGGGGUUCUUCGGGGCAGAUUUGACGCAUGUUCAAAAUUUCAAGUCUCUAAAGUACAUGUGUAGACUUCCUUUUGUCAAAGAAAACAGUAAAACUUUUUUAUAAUGAAUUCCUGGCACCCAGAAGAAAUAUUUCGUUAUAUCAGAAAUUCAUUAUACCGUUUAGAAAUAUAUCAAGUUGAGCUGAAUUAAGUACUUUUAUUUGUAAUGUGUAAAAGUUUGUAUCAAGUCUGAUCAUCUUAAUGUUUUACUAUUUGAUGAUUUUAAUUUUUUUUAUGUUUGAUAAAUUUGGAUUUUUGAAAUUAUAAACAAUGCAGAAGAUUUAUUGCUGAUUCAUGUUUAAAAUGAGGCUUAGAAAAUGGGAAUCUCUUGCUUUCCAACUCUUUCAUUGAGAGUGAGACACCUAAUUUCGGAUCCAAAUUUUAUACAUCGAUCAUCCAUAUACAGCUUAAAUAAAUUAUAACUAUAAAAAUUAUUGUUGGGAAAUAUUAUCAGGUGUGAUGUUGUUAAAGAAUAUGUUAUAACACUAAGACUUUCCCUUAAUUACGAAAAUUGAAAGUGUCCGCAAUAUUGUUCGUAAAUACCUUAAUCAGUUCAAAACAAUAACAUUGUAAUUCGGGAGGUCCUAUAAGAAUGCAUAUGUUACGGGGCUGCACGGACUCGUCACUUCCACCCACGUGACUCCAUUCGCCUUUCUUCGUGUAUCGUUCUUUAUGAACAUCAGUCAAGGUAAACAGUGUUUUAAAACUUGUCAAUAUAUUUAUAGAAUAAUGUUUACGGUAUAGACACGGGCAUCACUAUAUCUGUUGGAGGCUGAGGUGGUCGUGUGGUUAAGGUGUCCUCGACACAUUAUCACUAGCCCUCUACCUCUGGGUUGCAAGUUCGAAACCUACGUGGGGCAGUUGCCUGGUACUGACCGUACGUCGGUGGUUUUUCUCCAGGAUACUCUGGCUUUCCUCCACCUCCAAAACCUGGCACGUCCUGAAAUGACCCUGGCUGUUAAUAGGACAUUAACAAAAAAAAAAACAAUCGCUUAUCUUAAACCUAUUUCACUAUUUAUAAGAAGAAACAAUGGUUUAAUGAGUAUAAAAUCUACAGUAAUAGUUGCUUAAAUUGUUUAUUAUUUCAAAAAUUCAUUUAGCAGAGAGAGGUCUUGAAAUAUGUUAUCUUAAGUUUUCAUUGUCUUAGAUAAAUUUUUGUGAGGCUUAAAAUUGGAUCAUGUGCUAGUCUGCUCUGAAUUCCCAGAAGCUAGUGAGUUUUGAGUCUUUCUCAUGGAAAAGAAGGAUUGGCCAAUAUAUAAGUGUGUAAUGUGUUGUGAGGAGAUUGAAUGUGAAGUAUGUGUUAUGGGAUAAUGUGUGAUAAAUGCCAAAAUUGAUGAACAUAAAAAGAUAAGUACAUGUAUGUUUAUAUACAGAAUAAUCCUGGAUUCAAUAUUACCAUGUUUUAUGUGAAAAUAAAAUUUAAAGAUUCAA